AUGGCUUCGCGCAGCUUCAGUCGCGCUCUGCGAUCUCCCCUCUCUCGCCAGUUAACCUCGCCAGCCGUGCAACGACGAACCCUCAUCUCAGCUUCACAGUACGCCCGAUCGAGUAUUACUGCACAACUGAAACCUGCUGUCGGCAGUGCCCUACAGCAAUCGAGAGGACUGAAGACUAUUGACUUUGCUGGGACCAAAGAAACUGUCUAUGAGCGUGAAGAUUGGCCAAGGGAAAAGCUUUUGGACUACUUCAAGAACGACACCCUCGCACUCAUCGGCUACGGAUCACAAGGACACGGACAAGGGCUUAACCUACGUGACAACGGUCUCAAUGUUAUCAUUGGUGUUCGGAAGAACGGCGCAUCCUGGAAUGAAGCUCAGCAGGAUGGCUGGAUCCCAGAAACAAACUUAUUCGAUGUGGACGAAGCUAUUUCAAAAGGCACAAUUGUGAUGAACCUGUUGAGCGAUGCAGCUCAGAGUGAGACUUGGCCUGCAAUCAAGCCCCAAUUGACAAAGGGCAAGACGCUAUAUUUCUCUCAUGGUUUCUCCCCAGUCUUCAAGGACCUGACCAAAGUCGACGUACCUACCGACAUCGACGUCAUCCUCGUUGCCCCCAAAGGCUCCGGUCGAACUGUCCGCACACUUUUCCGCGAGGGUCGUGGCAUCAAUUCCUCGAUUGCUGUUUACCAGGAUGUCACUGGCAAGGCUGAAGAGAAAGCCAUUGCUUUGGGCGUUGCUGUUGGCAGUGGAUACCUCUACAAGACGACAUUUGAGAAGGAAGUCUACUCGGAUCUCUACGGUGAGCGAGGAUGUCUGAUGGGCGGUAUCCACGGCAUGUUUCUUGCACAAUACGAGGUUCUACGCGAGCGCGGUCACAGCCCCAGUGAGGCUUUCAAUGAGACUGUUGAGGAAGCCACACAGAGUCUCUACCCGCUGAUCGGUGCCAAUGGAAUGGACUGGAUGUACGCAGCUUGCUCAACUACGGCAAGACGAGGUGCAAUCGAUUGGAGUGGGAGAUUCAAGGACACUUUGAAACCCGUCUUCAAUGACCUUUAUGAUAGCGUCAAGAAUGGCACGGAGACUCAGAGGUCGCUAGACUUCAACUCGCAGGCCGACUACCGCGAGAGAUAUGAGAAGGAGAUGCAGGAGAUCAGGAAUUUGGAGAUAUGGCGUGCAGGGAAGGCUGUCAGGACUCUUCGUCCAGAGAAUCAAAUAUAG